UCCAUUUAAAUAAGUUUCAAAAAAACAUGUUUAUGAUUUCAAAGAUUGUUAAAGAUUCUGUCUUAGAUAAUGUAAAAAAAAAAUUAAAGCUUUUUUACUUUGUUGCUCUCAUGACAGCAACUAAACAGGAAAUGGGUCAAACACUAUCUCCAGAGCAGGAGGAGAUGGCCUGUGAAAUCUUUGCUAAUAUAUCAUUCUAUGUUUUACAACUGGAUGAACUUAAAAUUGACAGUUCCCUGCAGAGAUUCUCUGGGCUCAACUCAGCUGAAGAGCUGAACAAUUACAGAGACCAGGUCUUGUACCGUGGAGAACAGGUCGCAUCUGUUGUGAGAGAGGUGGGGAAUGUUCUAGGUGGGCUCAGCGUGGUGCCUAAUUCUGUCGGACUGGGAGCUCUCAUCAUUUCCUUGGCCUUAGACGUGGUCGCCAAAAGCCUAAACAAAGAAACAAUGGGCACAGCUGAAAUGUUAGAGAGGGUGUUCACACAGGAGAAGGCCAAGGAGGUGCGAGAUCUGAUGCACGAGUAUUUGAAGCGUAUGCAGAUCAACCUGAGAAACCCACAACUUCAACUCUCUGACACCCGUCAAAUUGAGAUUGCUCUUAGUGCCCAGCUCACACGGCUAAAGAACUCCAUGCUGAUAGAUGAACAUAUGGACACUCAGUUUCUGAAGCAGUGGGUGAAUGGAGCUGCCUUCCACACACAGAUGCUGAUCCAUCAGGCUCGUCUACAAAGUGCAGGAGAACCUGAUGGAUCCAGAGCCGUGCAUGCGGCACAGAUUUAUCAGCAGGACAUGAACCGUCUGAUGGAGAAAUUCAAGACCUUGCUUAUAAAUGGUGAUGAUUCUCAAAGGAUCAAUAGGGCAAUAGAGGUUCUGUUUUCUAAACCUCAGAUUUCCUGGACGAGGGAUUAUUUUUCAAAACUGCAAAGAAAUAUUCCAGCUCUUGUGAGGCAAAAUGCUAACUUUGUUAUCAAAACCGGAUUUUGAUCGUCAAGCAUCAAGCCACAAGUAAUAAACUAAAAUAUUUGAAACAAGUAAUUUUUUUGUGGCCAGUACAGUUAUGUAAGGGUCCAGUCUGAUCUACAGGCCCGGGAAUCCAGUGGAGGAAAAUAUAUUUUUUAUCUCGGCCAGUGAAACCAAUCUGACCAAGAAAAUCAGUCGCCAGUCAGUUGGUCUUCCCAAUUCUUUUGUCCUAAAUCUCUUUCAUUUUUACUGCAAUAUACUGCUCUCUGAUGGCUUUGUGUUUGUGUGUUUGGUUUAGUGUUUUUUUUUAGUUGCUCAUGUGAAGCACUUUGUAAUUUGGAUUUUGUUUAAAGUAAAUGGAUAAGCCAUAUACAAUUGGAAAGAAUAUGGGUAGAGUUUGGUUUUAAACCUUUGUGCCAUCGCACCAAUAUUUGUUACUUUCUCAGGACUUGAAUAACAUGUUUACUAUCUUGUAAAUUGGUUUUAUUCAAAAGCCCAUCUAUAUUUGUAAAAAUCAUGAUUUAAGCUCUGCAUGGAAGGGAAACGUGUCUAUAAUUACAUUCCUAAGCUUUCCUUAGAUGAAUUCCUGAAAUUAAAAAGUGGCCCACAGACCUAUUUCAUAAAGUAUAACAACCCCGUUUAUGAUCUACAUUUUUUACCAAUGCAUUGAUGUUCCAUUAGAGUCAUAAAACAGAGUUAAUGACCAUAAUUAUUAGAGAGUGGAUGCUGAAUUUGACGCUUUUCAGAAUCACCAAAAUAUAAACUUGAAGGAUAGAUUUGACAAGUACUGUAGUCUGUGUUUGGUUUAUAUCUGCUUUUACUAGUGUGUGAAUGACUCUGCAACAACAAAGUCAUACAUGUUUCUCUUCAUCAUUGUGUUACUUCCUUAAAUUGGUCCAAACAUGCCAAAUAAGUAAGACUGGGUUACAGCACAAUGGUGGUUCCUCAUCAGUGUUAAUAUCAUUGACUAAUAAAUCUCUUCAUGUUAUUCCUGAUGGAAACAAAACAAUAAAUAAAUAAAAACGAAUGUAAAAAAAA